CUACUACUUCGCCUUGUUAUAAUUAUUAUAAGCAUAAUACAUAAAGAACAAUGACAGAAACUACUGAAAAGUCUGUCGUAUCUCACUAUGAGGUCAAGACAACUGAAAAGGUCGAGAUGUCUCAUACAGACUAUGAUAUCGAAGCUACUCCUGCCACAGAAUCCUCGAUUGUUCCUGGCACACCAGAAGAGAUGCGUAAAUUGAUGUGGAAGCUGGAUCUUCGCAUUGUUCCAUUCCUUGGUCUACUUUAUCUCUGUUCUUUUCUUGAUCGUGUCAAUAUCGGUAAUGCUAAGCUUGCUGGUCUUGCGACUGAUAUCAAUGUUACUCCAAGUGACUACAAUUGGGCCCUGUCUAUCUUUUUUAUUGGCUAUAUCAUCUUUGAAGUUCCGUCCAACAUGAUGUUGAAGAAGAUUGGACCCAGCAAAUGGAUUCCAAUUGUCAUGAUUUCAUGGGGUGUCGUUAUGGCUUGCAUGGCUGCAAUCAGCAACACAGCUGGUCUUUUGGCCAGUAGAUUUUUCUUGGGUAUCACCGAAGCCGGUCUCUUCCCAGGCGUGAUCUUUUAUCUUACGUUGUGGUACACCCGCCAAGAACAAGCAACACGAGUAGCCUUUUUCUUUGCAUGUUCAACAUUGGCUGGUGCAUUUGGUGGUGUAUUGGCUUAUGGUAUUAUGCAAAUGGACGGUCUUCGUAACAUGCAUGGAUGGCAAUGGAUUUUCCUUAUCGAAGCAAUUCCCACUCUUUUGCUCGCUAUCGCUUCCUAUUUUGCCCUCCCAGAUUUUCCUGAGAACUCUAAAUUUCUCAACGAAAGAGAGCGUGAAUUGGCUGUUCAUCGUCUCAGGGUUGAUGCUGGGCCCUCAGUUGAAACCGAAUUCUCAUGGAAGCAGUUCCGUAUGGCUUUCACCGACUGGAAAGUCUACAUGCAUUCUUUGAUUUAUAUCUGCGGCUCUACUCCUUUGUACAGUCUCAGUCUUUUCCUUCCAAGCAUCAUCAGUGGUAUGGGCUAUACCAAUCUGUCUGCCCAAGCCAUGUCAGCUCCUCCUUAUGCUAUCGCUUGUUGCUUCACAAUUGUUAUUGCUAUGCAUGCUGACCGUAAGCGUGAGCGUGGUUUCCAUCUUGCCGCACCUGCUUUUAUUGGAUUUAUUGGCUAUAUUCUUUUGAUUGUGCUCAAGCACAAGGGAUCUGUUGCCAUGUACAUUGCUGCCAUCAUUACUACCACCGGUGUAUUUUCUCACAUUCCUGCCAUGCUGUCCUGGUUCACAAACAACAUUGGUGGACACACAAAGAGAGGUACAGCUGUCGCAAUUAUUAUCUCACUCGGCAACAUCGGCGGUGCAAUUGGUGGUCAGAUCUAUCGUGCGACUGAUGCACCAUAUUAUUCCCGAGGUCACGCUGCCUGUGUGGGUUUAAUGGCAGGUGCUGUGAUACUCUCGCUCUUGUUCAAGUACUUGUUGAACAAAGAAAACAAGAGACGCGAGAAUCUUACUGAAGAGGAAUAUAUCAAGGAAAGCACUGGCGAAGAUCUCUGUGAUAGCCAUCCUGACUUUAGAUUCAUUUCAUAAAUCAUCCCUUUCUUUUAAUUUUUACAUAAUCAUUAAUUACUUAUAUCUCUUACAUCUUUAUCUUACUUAUUUAUUUACUUAUAUAAUUGUCUAUACUCUUCCUUAAUCGUACAUCUAUUCAAAAUUUAAACCAAUAAGAAUAAUAACAAUAAUCAUUUUUUUAUUAUUAUUGCCAUUAUAUAUUUUGUACCUUUUACCCCAAUAUUUUCUUUUUAUUAAUUUACUGUACUCGCCUGACCAAUAAAGUGUCUUUGAUAUUUACAUUUGUGGAAAUACAAAAUUUAAAAUCCCUUU